GAUAGGAGUAAAUAACAGGAACACAUGUGGACUGUAACUUGGUGACAGUUGUAUAAUAAAGAAUGGAAUUUCAAAGUGUGAAUGGAAAGGGAACAUUAAUUUUAUGACGAUUGGACGUUUUACAAUAAUCUCACAGUUAUUUAGGGUGGCCAUGCAGUUUACUUUGUUUUGCAAAUGUUGAUUAUCAUCCCAACUGAAAGAUACAUAUAUGAACCAGAAGCUUGUGCGAUGUGACGACAAGACAUCGAUGCUGAUUGGAUGAAAACAAUGUCGUUUAACAAUAAGACGUGAUUGGUGUACACACAGAAUAAAAAUGACACCACCUGUACCCUAGACUGCUCACAAAACUCAGAACUUGUACACGCAAGAUGAAUGCGGAUCAGGUCUUGGAGAGUUUGGGUCGAUUUGGGACCUUCCAGGUGCUGUUCUUCCUGUGCGUGUCAUUUAUCUACAUGAGGGGGGCAUGGCCAGUGAUGGGGAUUCUGUUUCUGGGAGGGGAUCCAGGCCAUCACUGUCAGGUACCUGUCAAUGAAUCCAUUUCUGACGUCAUACCUGUGGAUUCAAGUGGAAAUUAUGAGAAGUGUCAGAUAAAGUCUCUACUGACCAAUCAGACGACUCCCUGCUCUAACGGUUGGACGUACGGAGAUGAAUUUGACUCUACCAUUCUGACAGAGUGGGAUUUGGUGUGUGAUGACAACUUCAUGGUCGACCUUUCUUCAACAAUCUACAUGGUGGGGAACACCGUUGGAGCCCUUUGUCUCACUCCCCUCUCAGACAAGUUUGGGAGGAAGUGGGUCAUUCUGUCGUUUCUAUGGAUACAAGGGGCCAUCGGCAUAGCAACAGCUUUUUCAAGCAAUUAUAUCAUGUUUACAGUGCUAAGAUUUUUCAUAGGUCUACUGAAUAUGCCGAUUGCCUUGACAACAUAUGUCAUGGUUACAGAAAUGUUUCCAGCAUCUAGUCGUUCUUUUCCGUCCGUGGGGAUUAACUGUUCUUGGGGGAUUGGGUUAGUUUUUCUAGCAGUCCUAGGAUAUUUCAUACGAGACUGGAGGACCCUUCAGCUUGUUAUUUCUGUGCCAAAUUUUCUCACAGUCAUAUAUGCUUGGUUUUUACCAGAAUCCAUUCCAUGGCUUAUAGCAAACAGAAAGUACAAACAAGCCAAAUCUGUUGCCAAAUUUGCAGCCAAAGUGAAUGGGAAGAACAUUCCAUCUGAACUUUUGGUUGUUCCAGAUCAGGAAAUGAAUGAGGCACCAGGAGCUGGUCAGAGUCAGGAAGGUCUCCUGAAUGUCAAGGUCACAAAAAAGUACACUGUCCUUGACCUAUUUAAAACAUCGAAACUGAGGAGAUACACUCUCAUUAUGUUUUAUCUGUGGACAGCGGACAGUGUCUGUUACUUUGGGAUUCUAUUUGCCACACCUCAACUCCACGGGAACCAGUUCCUAAACAUUGGCAUUAGUGGCAUUGUGGAAAUCCCAGCUCUUGUCAUCUGUAUGUUUAUCAUCAACAGGAUUGGCAGAAGGAGGCCCCUCAUCUUUUUCUUGCUGCUAUCUGGCAUUAUGAACAUCAUCACCAUAUUUAUUCCAACAAAUACCGAUUCUGGCGUGGACCUGGUCUGGUUGCAGAUUACAGCAGCCAUGAUCGGGAAGUUUGGAAUUACUGGAGCCUACUCCCUGUCAUACCUGUACUCAUCCGAAAUCUUCCCCACAGUCGUCAGAAACCAUGCAGUAGGACUUUCCUCUUUCUUUGAAAACAUUGGUGGAAUAUCUGCACCUUUCAUUGUAUAUGCAACGAGUGGGACCUUGACCUACAUUCCCUUGGUGCUGUUUGGGGUCAUCAUGAUAAUAGGUGGGACACUGGCCUGUUUCCUGCCCGAGACCCACAAAAAGCCACUCCCCGAGACCAUUGAAGAAAUUGAAUACGGGACCAAGAAAUCUGCCCCUGUGACAGAAAAUACACAUCUCUGACCAAGGUUAAGGUCAUAUGAAGGUCAUUAAAUUAAAAUUUUAAGGUCACAUGAAGGUCAUUAAGACACUAAGUUAUGUAGGUGGGGAUUAUUUCCUUUUUGCACUCCUGUUUG